AUUUCAAUAGACACGAAUAAAGUGCAAUACCUUAAGUUAUUGAUUCUCCAAUCACAAAAUCACUUGCUGAACAGUCUAUCAUUAUUGACGGCUCGAAGACAAUGUCACUGACACUAUCGGCUUCAGACUUAAACACCAAUGAAGCGAGAAGGAGAUAUCGCACCAUCAAGGCCAUAGUUCUCCAUUGGGACGGUGAACCCCUCGACAAUGGCGCAUAUGGACCUGCGCAGGAAGCUGCUAAGCUAGUGAAUACGUUGUCCAAGUGGGGAUGGCAAACUGAAGACUACUGGAUCAUGCCCGAUAACCCCGUCGAGAAAACUGCCAAAUUCUUAAGGGACUGGACUCGAGCAUCACAGCCUGACGAGCUGUUAGUGGUUUAUUACGUUGGCCACGGGCGUAGGAGCUCCAGAGAGCCAACGCCUCAGCCUUUUCGUAUAACUCGAGGGGGUAACCGACGUGGCGAUGAUGCUAUUAUUGACUGGCCCGUCAUUCGUUCUGUUCUCGAAGCGGCGCGGUGCGACAUCGUUAUGUUUCUCAAUUGCUGCUAUGGCGCUGACGCCUGGCUCUCACGCAACCUCGAAGAAGAUGGAUUCAAAGGUCCAUCUGGCAAGGUUAUGGUAUGUCUAUCCGCAUAUAACUUUACUAUGAGGACAUUAGUAGCUAAUGUGACAUUACCAGUGUAUCCUUGCUGCUACUAGCGAAAAUCAAAAAGCAUACAUGUAUGAGCACAUGUCGUUUGGGACUUUGCUGAAAAGCGUACUCGAUGCUGUAAGACCGCAGCUCGGGUUGAAGAAAUCCAUCUC